GAAAUUCAGAACAUCUUGAAAAAAAAGUCAGAUGUUUGCAUUAUAAUUGUGUGGGUGUUACAGAUCAUGUUAUACAUGUAAUGAUAUAUGUACUGUAUACUGUAUUUGGGAUAUGUAUUUAUUUUAACCCCUCUCUUGACUCCCUAAUAAGAUCAGUUUUGUAGUAAAUGAAUAAGAUUGAAUGCCAUUCUUUUGAUUUUCAGCACUUUUCAUCCUGACCGGAGCUUUUUCUUUGUACUUUGGUACUCUUAUGGCCGGGGCAAAACUUCAUUCCGACAUUCUCAGCAAUGUUAUGCAUUUGCCAAUGAGUUUUUUCGAUACAAAUCCUGUUGGUCGUUUGAUUAACCGAUUCAGCAAAGAUGUUGAUACACUUGACAGUGUUUUGCCUUGGACUCUUCGCUCAUGGCUGAUGUGUUUCAUUACGUUGUUGGAGCUAUUGCAGCUGAUCUACAAGGAUUGCUUCAUAUGGCAAAGGCUGCCAAAAGAUUACAUAACCAUUUGAUAGCCUCAGUAAUGAGGCAGCCGCAGUUUUUCUUUGAUGUACGGCCAGUGGGGCGGAUUCUUAAUAGGUUUUCCUCAGAUAUAGAUGCCGUUGACAUAAAACUACCCGAUAAUCUUCUUGACUUUGCUUGGUGUGUCAUGGAUGUAAUUUCAACAUUCUUGGUGAUUAUUUUCUCCACACCAAUCUUCGUGGUAGUCAUGCUACCUAUCAUGAUUAUUUACUUCUUUGUCCAGAGAUUGUAUGUUGCAUCUUCCCGGCAGUUGAAGCGUAUUGAGUCUGUUUCUCGUUCACCUAUUUAUUCCCAUUUCCAGGAGACUAUUCAAGGUUCAUCAACCAUCCGAGCAUAUGGCAGACAGAGUCAGUUUAUAUCUGAGUCCGAGAAGAAAGUAGACUUCAAUCAGAUUUGCAAUUAUCCGAGUGUAAUGACCAAUAGGUGGCUUGCAGUUCGACUGGAAUUCAUUGGCAAUACUAUGACUUUCUUUGCUGCAUUGUUUGCAGUGAUGAGCCGAGGUUCUAUUAGUGGAGGAAUUGUUGGUCUCUCUGUCAGCUAUGCUUUAUCUGUUACACAAACUUUGAAUUGGCUAGUGCGCAUGACAUCUGAUGUUGAAACAAAUAUAGUUGCUGUGGAACGUAUAAAAGAAUAUAGUGAAAUACCCCAAGAAGCACCAUGGGAUAUAACAAGCAAGAAGCCUCAAAAGGACUGGCCAGAGGAAGGAGUGGUGGAGUUCAGAAAUUACUCGACCCGUUAUCGUGAAGGACUUGAUCUUGUUGUGAAAAAUAUUAACUGCAAAAUUCUAAGAGGAGAAAAGAUUGGUAUAGUUGGUAGAACUGGUGCUGGUAAAUCAUCAUUAACACUUGCUCUGUUUCGCAUCAUUGAACCUGCUGGAGGAGAGAUUGUGAUUGAUAAUGUUGAUAUAAAUCCUUUGUUGAGUUUUUAUUUGGUCUUUUAUGUGUUUCUAGUGUCUAUAAAAAAAGUUCUUACCCAUUACCCCAAGAAGCCAUUGUUUGCAAAAAUGUUGGAUCACAUUUUUUGUGGAUGUGUAAAAUUGCACUCACUUUUCAGUGCAUAUCAUAAAUUAUUUUUCAUUUUUUCUCAGGAUCCAGUACUAUUUAGUGGAACACUUCGAAUGAACCUAGACCCUUUCAGCAGAUACGAAGAUACUAAAGUUUGGUCAGCAUUGGAGCAAGCUCAUCUGAAGGAAUUUGUCAGUGGCUUAACAUCUGGAUUGCAACAUGAAGUAGCAGAGGGGGGUGAAAACCUUAGUGUUGGUCAGAGGCAGUUAGUAUGCUUAGCACGUGCACUUCUCAGGAAGUCUCGUGUUUUGGUACUGGAUGAAGCAACAGCAGCUGUCGAUUUAGAGACAGAUGACUUAAUCCAGCAGACGAUCAGGAGGGAAUUUUCUGACUGCACAGUUAUUACCAUCGCCCACAGACUUAAUACAAUUAUGGAUUCUACAAGGGUGCUUGUGUUAGCGCAUGGUGAAAUCAAGGAAUUUGAUAGCCCAUCAACACUUCUUGCAAAUAAGAACUCAUUAUUUUAUGGAAUGGCUAAAGAUGCAGGACUCGUUUGAGAAUGGUUCAGUAUUAGUAUUGUGCAUUUUGUUGAGAUAGCGAUACUAUCAGUAUUAAGGUGUUCCAAUUUACAUAGAUAUGGUCAUUUUUUUCUCACAAAUAAUUGCCAUUAAAUAUUUAUGAAGAGCAUCUAGGUGAUUUAGUAACUGGCUGGUUCUUAGUUAAUAGAAUUUUCAAGAGAUGUUUGAUAUCCUUAUUGUUGAACUUCAUGUUUAAUUCUCUGUCAUUCUUUUACACCAAUGUUGGUUCCCUUUUUGUUUUUAGUGGUAAUUUUGCUAAGAUCCUAUGUGUUCUCUUUUAUUCAUUUAUCAUUCAUUUGGCUUGAGCAUUUGUAGAAAGAUUAUUUAAUUUACUUUGUUAGAAUUAGCUUAAGUCUUGUAUAGCACAAGAAAAUUACGUAUUUACAUUAUUUUCACUCAUUUUAGUUGUUUGUGCAUAUUUUAGGCUUCUACCUCAUUUGUGAAUAAACAGUUUCUUUUUUAUUUUAAGUCAUAGAUUUUCCAUUGAUAGAAUAAACAAGAUGAAACUAUCGUACAGUACUUAAAUGGUGCGCUUUUAAUUUUUAAGUAAAGUGAAAUUUUGGAAAUUGACCUUCCUUCUGUACUGGAUAUGGAUUUCAAAUAUAGUUUCGGCGCAGCACAGUCAUAAGAACCCAUGAGUAAAACAGUGGGAUUUCUAUCUUGUAGAGAGGUGUUAACAUACAUAUACGUACUAUAUAUAUGCAUUCCCUUGAUUUUUAAAAGUUUCAGCUAAGGCAUAAAAGUCAAGGUAAUUUCCAUUUAAGCAUCAUUCAUUCUUGGAUAGUGAGUUGUCCUCUGUGGACCUAUUUGGUCCUCAUGUGGAUCUAUUUGGUGCCUGUGUGGAAUCUUACACAAGAGUAAUUUUUGAGUGAAUUGAUAAAAGUAAUAAUGAUUAGUUAUUUUUUCAUUGGUGAAUUCAAUGAAAAGUUUGAAAUGAAACAAAAUCAUUGAUGAAUUUUUGUUGCCUGGCCCAACAAGAAUUGAGAGCUUUGGUUUAAUGCUCAGGUAAGUUACCUCAGCACUGUAAUACAGUAUAAUUAUUGAUGAAAGAGAGUUUCAGUUUUUUGUCUUCCUGAACUAGUUUUUAUGUCUUGAACAUUGAAAGAUAAAACAAAUCAUGAAUUUUCUCGAAGCCAUCGCCAUGGAGUUGUAAAAUUGUUUACUCCAAUUUUCAUGAAGCUAGAAGUAGUUAACUGGACUGUUUUCAGUUUUCAGUUUGAAGGAUUCUAUUUUGAAAAUACAGAAUUUUUUCAGAAUUUUCAUUUAUUGACAUUAAAUCAAGUACUAUACACAAGUCUUCCUUGUUAUCUCUUCGUAGGAGACUGUUUUAUCCUUAUACCAGUAGUUGUCAUCAUCAUUUCAAAUGAAGAAUUUGGUGAGAUAACCUCUUAUAUAAAAUAUUCUACCAUCUUGCCGUAUUAAAGUUUUUUCCUACUUUUUUACAACUUGCAAGUAUUGAUUAGUUUCGAGUUCUGUUAAAUGUUUAAAUUGCAGCAGUAUAUAAUAUGAGAAGUCAUUAUGCAUUAUUUGAUCAUGUCAUUAACUUGUAAUGCUAACAUAUAAUUGCAUUUGUUCAUGUUUACGUUUUGUGUAAUGUAUAGAAAUUUUCACUGGUUUCCUUGUCUAAACUUACAUUAGUUUACUGCAAAUUUACCUAUACGUAUUAGAAUACACUACGUAUAUAGAAUAUAUAUGUUUAGUUUCUGGAAAGAUUUCCAUGUUCAUGUUACGUAUUACUCAUAAUCUUUUGUUUUACUUCCAACCAAAGUGUUCAGUGUUUUUGUAUCCUGUUACUUAGGAAUUGGCAUUCUUUCCUAAAUUUAGAGCAGAAUAUUUAUUUUAACUAAGAAUACUGUAUAGCGAUAGCGUACAUUUGAUCACUUCAUGUUGUUAUGGUAGGUGUUUUCAAGUCCCAUUCUUUGCUUUCCAUGUUGCUGUCAGUCCUACCCUUGGUAAUUAAUGUGCUGAUUCCAUUUUACCAUGUCCUGUUGAAGCCCACCCAAAAUUGAACCAGCCAUAUACUGUAAUUGUACGACAAACGUCACCACUGUGUUCUCAGAUGAUGUGUAUAUUCGUGUUGUAGUUUAGUAACGAAAACUUUUAUACACUAAGCUUCAUAGUUUUACCAUAGGUAAUUGUUAUAAAACUAUGAUACAUCUGUGAUGCAUAGCUUAAAACUGCCAAAAUGGAAUGAUAAAUAUUUUUGUGUAGUAUUUUUUCAUAUAUUUAGAUGUAUGCUGAUGAUUGUUACUGCAUGACUUAUUACUUGGAUUUUUGUGUGUAAGCUUUAUUAGGUAACCAUUCAUAAAUAAGUUAGUGUGAAUCAAUCUUACAAGAUGUAAAUUGUACCAUCCCAACUGAAAAUGCCUUCCAUAGGGUAAAAUAGCAGAAGGUGAAAUGGCUUUGAGAACUUUUACUUUUGUUUAUCAUGCUUCAUGAGGUUUUUUCUUCUAAUGUACUUAAUUUUGCAGUAAUAUUUGCAUAAGGAAGUUGCAGUCAUCCUUUAUAUUAUUAGGGAAGUAGCAACGUAACAAUUAACAUUAGACAAUUAUGUAUUACAGUGGUUUAUUACAGGUAAAUUCUUUGUAAAAUUAUUGUGAAACUGCCAUAAUCAUGGAAAUUUUAGAAUAAGGAAAAUGAAUUACAAGUAAAAGUGUUUUUAAUCUGGAUGAGUCAUGUAUUGUACUUAUAUAGUAUUGAUUUUAUGCAAUGGUUAUAAACUCAUUUGUGAUAAUUUAGUGCAAUGGGGUCAUUUACAUUCAGAUCUCUUACUCAUAGCAUCAUCAUAUUAAUCACAUUCGUAUGUCAACAGUUUUCAUUAAAAAAAAACUUAGUGUUAGUACUUAAAAAGAAUCAGGCAAUUGAAAAUCCUGAAAGUAGAUUGCAUAACUUGCAAUCUUAUGGCUAUGGUUAGAACUGUAAGUUUAAAAGAGUGACUGCUGAAGUAUAUGAGCCAUUUCUGAAAGACAUUAAUAAAAUCUGCAAAUGUUUUGUAUUUAUUCUGCCGACUUGAUUACCAUACUAUAUUGAUUACAUAAUUUGUUUUCCUCAUAUUCAUUCAUUUCUCAUGUACUUUAUAUGUAAGGACUAUGAGAGGUUUUAGAAACUUUUUUCUUACACUUCAUAAGAUAAAAUUGUACAUGUAUUACAUUGUUCUUUGUGAUGGCCUUUUGUACACUAAAUUAAAGUAUUACAUUGUUCUUUGUGAUGGCAUUUUGUACACUAAAUUAAACUUAACAUUCUUGUUUACUCUUCAAGAUUAAUCAUAUCUGUCAUUGUUAUAACUUUUUAAAUCAGCCUCCAAUCUAUGUAAAGGAAGAGGUGAUGUAUCAGAGGCACUUACCCAUCAAUUAUUGUAUCAUAGGCACUUACUCAUCAAUUACCUCCUGUUUUGUCAUGGUGUGAUUAAAUAGCCUAACAGUUAUACUCAGUAUUGAAGUCAUGCUGUUUAGUGGUUUAUUUUCAGUUUUCAAGCUACAGCAUAUUCGGAUUGCUGUGGAUUUAAAGAUUGUCAAAUUUUUACACUAAUUACUUUGUUGCCAAAUCUAGACUCGGAAUCAUUGGAGAAAUUCAUUUUAGCUUAUGUAGUGUUAAUUUUGAUGUCAAAUAUUCAACUGAUGCCACUUGUGUGUUCUGUGCAUGUGUGUUGAGUCUUUGUGAAAAACCGUUCAAGACCUCCAUAGAUGAGUAAGUGAAUAUUGUUUAUGCUGUUUACUUGUUCUAAAAAGGACAUUCACCAGACUGUCGAAUGUAAUGAGGGCAUUUUAGUUACUUACGGUUGGUAAGCUCAGUUGAGCUUGUCUGCACAGGUGUGUAGUACAGAGAAUUUUACAAAGUUAAUGAUGAUAACCUGUCUAUGCUUGUAACUCACACUUGAAUAUUAUAGUUUUGUAUCUCAUAGAUAACGAAAUUUGCCAAUCAAUUUUUAGCUGCUUAAGAGUACACACUUGAUACCUGUGAAUUAUAACAGUGCGUGUAAGUAAAAUACUAAAGUUAAAUUAUUGUUGUUGACUUGAAUGACAACCAAAAAAUGAUAGGGUAACUAGUAUUUUUGACAAUAUGUGCAAAAUGAUACUUGAAGCAUUUAGUAAUACAUACCACAAAUGGAAAUAGGAAGAAACCAUGAUAUAUAACUUGUUUUUGUAAUUGGUCAUUCAUUAGCAAUGUUAUAGUAAAUUUUCUAAAGCAAUAAUAUCAGAGUUUGCAUAAACUGUAGACUAGUGCAAGCAGUUUUUGAAGUUCCAGAUCAGUUUACUCAUUACUUGUGACUGGCAAGUAUAUUACUGGUCGCUUUAAGUAUAAAUUAGAUUUUUUCAUUUGUAUGUUACAGUAGGACUUAUCAUAUAUGAAUACAUGUUAUAAGCUAUGCUGCCAUUCUAACUUUAUCACUGUUAUUGAUUAGGUUGCACCAAAACUUUUGUACUGCAUAUUUAUGUGACUUACUUGUUGUAAAAAGUAUUUGCUUUCAAUACAAAGCAGGGACUAGAUCUUAGUUUAGAAUUUAUCUUAAGCACUCUGUGCCUAAUUUAGUAACUGACUUAUCAGUACUAAAUACAACUUGUGAUGGUUUUUAAAACCUUAUAGUACUGUAGUUUUCAUCCUAUGUCUAGCUUAAGAAUGUACUCAGUUCCCAGUUAACAGUAUAAUUGAAUGAUUAAGACUAGUGGAAGGUAAGUAUGGUAUGCCAAGUCAUCAAACUGAGAGGUCAUUUGUUUUUACUUUUAGGUUAUUUAGAGUGGAAGAACAGUGUUAGUUAUUUUAUUUCUACAUCUAGCUUUAUGGAGCAUAAUAUUUUGAAGAAUAAAGAUCUUGUGCUGUCUCAUUUAGUUGCAAUUUUUAAAGAUUACAUUAUUGUCAGUGAAAUGAUAAUGUAUGCAGUUGCUAUCUUUUCAGAAAAUUGCAUAUUUGAUUUUUAUGCAACUUUGUAUUUUAACAUAACCUUUAAAACCAUUGAUGCAAAUAUCUGACUUGAAGGUUUGAAGAUUGUUCUAGAUUUAGGGAUAGUUAUAUGACUCGUAUGAAAAAAUUAGUGUGUUAUAGUUUUUGCCUUUCAGAAAUUUAUGAAGCUACCUUUCUAUUCAUGAGGAUUUUAAAGCAAAGAUCUUAAAUUGAGUAAAAUUUAAAAUUAUGAUUUGUGGGGUGUGUGGAUGGAAAUUUUCCCUUCUUAGCAGUGUAUCUCUUUCAGCUUCUUUCAAGAUCCAACACAUCUGUAGGGCUAGGUACCAAACUUGUUGUAGCUCCCUGUACUUUUGUUACCCUUCUAAAUUACACAGAAACGACUUAAAUAAGAAUAGAAUUAUCCACUUAUGAGUUUUAGACAUGGUCUUCCAGAUGAGAAUAUUGUCAUAGAAUAACAGUUCUUAGUAAGUAUCUCGGAAAUUAGAUCUGGGAUUGAAAUAUGCAUGUCACAUUUGUUUCCUCGUCGUUCUGGGAAUGAUUGAGACUGUUCCAGCAUGAAGAGGUAAAGUUCCAGAUCCAUGUGUAACAUGAACAUCAUUAUGGUUUUGUUGUCUGAUAAUACAUUGCUAAAGAGAGUGUAAGGGCUCAAGACAACUGUGACCUGCCAGCAAGAUGUAACUACUAUUCUUAAUGCCUGUAAACUGCUAAGAGGUUAGAUAUUUGAUUCCUUAGUCACUCUGAAGUCCCUCCCCAUAAUCAAAUCUCUCCCUACAUCAUAUUUUGGUAAUCUUAGUGAAUGAAGAAGCCAUCAGGUGCUAAAGGACAAAAAUGAUGAAAUAGUUUAAAUCAGACUAAAUCACGCUUCAGACCAUCUCUAUAGGCAGAAAUGUUUGUAUCAUUAUGUCAGUUUAGCUUUAGCAUAUUGUUUUACCUUCCUAGUCCAAUCUGUUCUUGAAAAAUAGUCUUAACAUACAUAACUAAUUUUUCAUUGUAUUUUACUUUAUCCCUACUAGUUUUAUUAUGAAAAGUUGUCUAAAUUAUUGCAGCUGUAUUUAACAGCAUGUUGUCAACCAUUGAGCAAAAGCUUUCAACCCUCCUACCUUAUAAUCCUUUGAUUCAUUAUAAAUUUGGUUGAAAUGUGAACCAAGCUUCCCAUUCAAUCUAUCUUCAUUAACAAGUAUUCAGGCCAAAGUUCAGUUGAAUAUCCUCACAUUCACUAGAAUGUCAAACAUUCAAAUGCAGUGAAAUAAAUAAAAUAUGUACAGGAUACAUUUGAAAUUAUGAAUAAAUUCUAUAUUUAUUGUAUAGUAUUUACCAUAUCCGGAGUUAAAUUUUGAAUUAGUUUUCUACAGUUCCUCUAUCCACCUCUCCUAAAUUUUCUGAAGGCCAUUCAUCGCCUCGAGCUUCUAAUGCCUGGGACAGCUCACUUCUCUUUACUAGCCACUGCAUGUGAAUUACGGGCAGUCCACGGGUUACGUCGUUCCGAGUGUUCAUCGCUUUUCAAACACGUUCAUAAAAAAUCGGUUCUGGGUUACAACAAAUGUUCUGAGGUUAUGUCGUCGUCUUAAGCAGCAACAAAACAGUAAAGCACAUACAGAUGCAAUAUAAAGUCAAAAUUAGGAGGUUUUUGGAAACUCACCACAUCAGAAUGCAAAUAAAAUACUGUACAGUGCACCCAGAGGAUUAAAGAAUCUUUUGUCAAUUCAUUUCUCAUUUUUAUACGUUUUUCUUUCGACAUGCCAGGUUACAGUGCGGCGUCGGAAUGGAACCCCCAAAGUACCCUGAGGACUGCCUGUACUAGCACUGUGCCUCACAGACAUACAUACACCAUUUACUACACAGCAGAUCUCUUUUACUUUUUCACUUCAAUAAUCAUAGCUCAUCCAAUCAUUCACCUUGUCACCUGAAGAAUCUCGGCUAAACUAAAUUUCUCUCCAACAGCCAGUGUUCAUUUUUGAGAGCUGGGACAUAAUGAUAGUGAGAAUGAUGUUUUAAGAAAACAUUUCUUUUCAAUGCAUAAAUUUUAUGGAUUAGCAGAAUUUCUGUAUGGGGCCAUUCAUUUAUUCAUCAGCAUGUUAUCUAAAUAAAGUAUUUUUUUUUUUUCCCAGGAUUAAUUCCUGAAAACCAGCCUGAGGAAAGCCUUUAUUAGGCUCAGAGGUCUGGAUAAACUAAUCCUUUAUACAAUAAUAAUAAUAAUAUUCAUUAACUGUAUAGCCAGGAAUGUUAUGUGGAUUGUAAUUGCCUUAUUUUUAUGCUUUUACCUAAUUCCUUUCACCAAAGCAUUAGUGUGCAAUAUAAACAGUAGAUAUUAAUCAGCAUGCCCCUGUGGAAAUUUUAGUUGGGAAAUAGAAUUUUAUACAGGCAGUCCCCGGGUUAUGACGGGAGUUCUGUUCUUGAGACGCAUUUUAAGCUGGAGCAUCGUCAAAAAUCCUAAGAAAACUUUACUUUCAAUGCUUUGGGUGCUUUAAAAUCUAUGUAAACUACAUUCUUAUUGCAUUUUUCAUCAAAAAAACCUUCAAAUAUUGAUUAUUUUGCAUUUUUGGGGUCAUAUUUCUUCUGCCAGAUCAGCAUUGUAGGCGCUGUAACCCUGGAACAUGCGUCGUAAAGCUAGAAAUAAUUCCUGAUAAAUAUAAUUGAAAAGCCUUGUAACCUCGGAACGUUGUAAGCCGAACCCUAUGUAAGCUGGAGACUGCCUGUACACUAUUUUAGUAAUCAGAGCAGUUUCUAUUCUGUUCUAUUUGUUGUUAUAUCCUGUAACUUUAUUUUUCAGUUACUGACUUUGUCUAGAUAAAGGGAAUAUUAUAGGCAGUGUCCAAUUUC